AUGGUAAAGUAUUAUCAUCCUAUCCCUAGGUUAGAUGGUAUGCUUGAUAAGCUACAUGGUGCAUGUCUUUCUACUAAUAUAGAUUUGCAAAGUGGGUACUAUCAGAUUCGCAUGAAAACUGGGGAUGAGUUUAUAAUGGCUUUCAAGAACAGAUAUGGUCUAUAUAAGUGGAAGGAGAGGCUAUUUGCCAAUCUUAAAAAGUGUAGUUUUUGUUUAGAUCGAGUCAUUUUUAUUGGCUUUGUAGUUAGUUCUAAUGGUUUAGAGGGAAGACCCAUAUGUUACUUUAGUGAGAAGUUGAAUAGGGCAUCAUCGAGGUACCCAACAAAUGAUAAGGAGCUAUAUGCAUUGGUUUGUGCAAUGCAAACUUGGCAACAUUAUUUGAGGCUAAAUGAGUUUGUAAUACACACAGAUCAUGAAUGUUUAAGGAAUCUUAAAGGGCAAGACAAGCUAAAUGGAAGGCAUGCAAAGUGGAUGGAAAUUAUUGGGACCUUUCCAUGCAUGAUCAAGUAUAAGAAAAGUAAGGAAAAUGUGGUUGAUGAUGCUUUAUCUCAAAGGUAUGCACUUCUUAAUACUCUUAAUUCUAAGUUAUUAGGAUUUGAGUAUAUAAAAGAAUUGUAUGUUAAUGAUUUAGAUUUUGGCAUAGUGUAUGAUGUGUGUAAUAAUGGAGCUACAUUUGAUGAGUUCUAUGUGUUUGAAAGGUUUUUGUUUAAGAAAAACCGAUUGUCUGCGCCAAAUUUCUCUUUGCAUAUGUUAUUGAUUAAGGAGGCACAUGGUGGUGGAUGA